AUGGUUGCGGACAUUGGCGUUGCUGCUACCUACUGCCUUGUUUAUUUGAAUCCCUUCUACUCACUCAUUAUACUGACCAUGGGCGGCAUUUAUAUCUUCGUGACCAUUUACAUGGCCAAGUAUCGCGGGCGUGCGCGACGGGAGAUGGCAAAACAAGAUCGGGAGAUGGAUGCGGUCAAGUAG